AUGGUGAAGGAAACCAAGUUCUACGACCUUUUGGGGGUCGCUCCAGGCGCCAGCGACAACGAGUUGAAGAAAGCUUACAGAAAAUCUGCAUUGAAAUAUCACCCAGAUAAGAACCCUCUGCCUGAAGCAGCAGAAAAGUUUAAGGAGCUCUCGAGAGCUUACGAGGUUCUCUCGGACGACCAGAAGAGAGAGGUGUACGACUCCUAUGGUGAAGAGGGCUUGAACGGUGGUGGCCCAGGUGGUAUGGGCGGUAUGGGAGCCGAUGACAUCUUCAGCCAGUUCUUUGGUGGUGGAUUCGGUGGUAUGGGCGGCAUGGGUGGCCAGUCCAGAGGUCCUUCCAGAGGUAAAGAUAUCAAGCACUCCAUCAGCUGUACCUUGGAGGAGUUGUUCAAGGGCAGACUGGCCAAGUUGGCUUUGAACAAGACUGUUCUUUGUAAGACAUGUGACGGCCGUGGUGGUAAAGAGGGCAAGGUUAAGCAGUGUAGCUCUUGUCACGGUCAGGGUAUGAAGUUUGUCACUAGACAGAUGGGCCCAAUGAUUCAGAGAUUCCAGACCGUGUGUGACGUCUGUCAGGGUACUGGUGAUGUUUGCGAUCCAAAGGACAGAUGUACCGCCUGUAAGGGUAAGAAGACCGCUGCUGAGCGUAAGAUCUUGCAGGUCCACAUUGAUCCAGGUAUGAAGGACGGCCAGAGAAUCGUCUUCUCCGGUGAAGGUGACCAGGAGCCAGGUGUUACCCCAGGUGACGUUGUUUUCGUUGUUGACGAACAGCCACACGCCAAGUUCCAGAGAAAGGAUGCUGACUUGUACUACGAGUGUGAGAUUGACUUGUUGACUGCCUUGGCUGGUGGUGACGUCUCUUUCAAGCACGUUUCCGGUGACUACAUCAAGUUCUCUAUCAUCCCAGGUGAGGUGAUUGCCCCAGGUGCUUCCCGUGUCAUUGAGAAGCAGGGUAUGCCAAUCUUCAGAUCUUCUGACAGAGGUAACUUGUUCAUCAAGUUCAACGUUAAGUUCCCAGAUGCCCACUUCGCUACCGAAGACAAGUUGAAGGAGUUGGAGAGCAUCUUGCCUCCAAGAAACAAGUACACCAUCCCUAAGGGUGCCGAAGUUGACGAGUGUGACUUGUCCAUCGUCGACCCAUACAAGCACAGCAACAGCGGUAGAAGAGAUGCAUACGACUCCGACGAGGAGGAGGGCGCCGGCGCCGGUCCUGGUGUCCAGUGUGCCUCUCAGUAA